AUGGCGCCCAAGAAGAAGGAUCAACCCGAGGAGAAAAUCCUCCUCGGCAGGCCGAAGAACACGCUCAAGAUGGGUUUGGUCGGACUGCCCAAUGUCGGUAAAAGCACGACUUUCAACCUCCUCUGCAAGCAAGCUGUGCCUGCCGAGAACUACCCCUUCUGCACCAUCGACCCCCACGAGGCCCGAAUGAACGUUCCGGAUGAUCGCUUCAAGUGGCUGUGCAACCAUUUCCACCCCAAGAGCGAAGUCUCCGCGACGCUGGCGAUCUUUGACAUUGCUGGACUCGUCCCGGGCGCACACAAGGGCGAGGGCCUCGGCAACGCCUUCCUUUCCCACAUUCAGGCCGUCGACGGCAUUUACCACGUCGUCCGCGCUUUCGAGGAGCCCGACAUUGUGCACAGCGAAGGCGAAGUGAACCCGGUGAAGGAUCUCGAGACAAUCAGCGACGAGCUGCGGAUGAAGGACAUCGAGCGGUGCGAGAAGCUGAUUGAGGAGCUCGAUCGCCUCGUCGGCAAGGGCCAAGUGCCGAAGGACAAGCAAAAGAAAGUCCACCUUGACGUCUUGAAAGUCGUGCUGGAACACCUGAACAACAAGAAAUGGGUUUCCCAGGUCGACUGGAAGGCUUCGGAAGUCGAAGUGUUGAACGAGUAUCAGUUCCUAACGGCGAAGCAGGUCGUCUACCUGGUCAACAUGAGCGAGAAGGACUUUCUGCGUCAGAAGAACAAGUGGCUCGCGAAGAUCCACGGCUGGGUCGAGGCGAACGUCUCCGGUCCCAUCAUUCCGUACUCUGCGCAGUUCGAAAACAAGCUCGCGGAGCUCCCCGACGACGCGGCGCGCGAACAGUACAUCAAAGACGUCGGCGCGACGCGCAGCCAACUCGACAAGAUCGUGACUACCGGCUACCACGCCCUCCACCUCAUCCAUUUCUUCACCUGUGGAGAGGACGAAGUCAAGUGCUGGACUAUUCGACAGGGCACGAAGGCGCCGCAGGCGGCUGGUGUGAUUCACACGGACUUCGAGCGCGGCUUCAUCUGCGCGGAAGUAUAUAAGUAUGAAGACCUCGUUUCCUGCGGCAGCGAAGUGGCUGUCAAGGCUGCUGGCAAGUACAUGCAAAAGGGCAAGGACUACGUUGUGGAGGACGGCGACAUCAUUUUCUUCAAGUUCAAUGUGACAAACAGCGGAAAGAAAUGA